UUAAAAGAAUCUUCUAUUCAUAUUCAAACAAUGCAAUACUUUAUCAUCUAUUAGUAACUCACAAUGUACUAACUCAUACAUUGGUCUCACUCUAAAAUCUUUGAAGCUAAAUCACAGUUUUCUUGUAUUAUAAGUAAUUCAUAUUGAAGCAAGAAAGAGUGAAUCAAUGAAGAAACUUAAAGAGAUAAUAGGAAAAUUGAAGGACAAGGCAUCACAAAGCAAAGCAGCAAUUUUUUCCAAACACAAAACUCUUUCCCUCCUUCGCGCCACGACCCAUGAUUCUUUCACCCCUCCAAAACAUAAACACCUCACCACCCUUCUUUCCUCUGGAGACGGUUCACGUGCUACUGCAUCAACUGCGGUAGAGCUUCUGAUGGACCGUCUCCAAACAACUCAUAACUCAGCAGUAGCUCUCAAAUGCUUGAUCGCCGUUCACCAUAUCAUCAAACACGGCACUUUUAUUCUCCGUGAUCAGCUCUCGGUGUACCCUUACACCGGGGGAAGAAACUACCUUAAUCUCUCUAACUUCCGAGACAAAACAAAUCAUGUUUCUUGGGAACUCUCUUCUUGGGUUAGGUGGUACGCGCAAUACAUCGAACACCUUAUGUGCACUUCUAGAAUCUUAGGUUUCUUCAUCGGAGAAACCACGCCGCUUUGUAAGCCACAAGAAGAAAGAGUUUUGGCUGUUACUAAUAGUGAUCUGUUGAGAGAAAUGGAUUCUUUGGUGGCUUUGAUGGAAGGAACUGUGAAAAGACCCAAUACUCCAACAAGUGAAAAUAACAAGGUGGUUGUUGAGAUAAUGGAUUUGGUUGAAGAUGAUGGGGUUGUUGCUCUGAGUGAAAUUUUGGUUAGAGUUCAGGAAUUUGGGGAGAGGGAGAAAUUGGAUUGUCUUGGUUUUGGAGAAAUUGUGGAAUUGGUUUGUGUUUUGAAGAGAUUAGAAAUGUGCAGAGAGAGAAUGAUGAUGGUGAUGGAGGGGAUUGAGGAGAAGAGAUUUUGGGAUUCAGUGAGAGAAUUGAAGGAAAAAGUUGGGAGGAUGAAGGUGUAUAGGGAAGAAGGGAAGGUUUACACGAAUGCAACAAAAGAUAGAAGAACUGAGUCGGAUAGGUUUGAUGAUAGAGUUCUUAGUUCUGUUGGUUCUAUUACGUUUCCUUCUUCAAGGUUCUUUUAGUCAUUAAUGUGAUAAUAGGAUGAAACAUUUUGUGUUUUUUUUUUUUUGUUCUAAUUAUCUUAUGUUGAAAUUUUAGUGUAUAGUAUUAUGUGAUGGUACAAAUUGAAGUAGGAAUUUACAAUGUGUGUGAUGAAUGGUUUUGGUUGAAUGUAUUUUUAAAGGCCAAAAAAGAUUAUAUUAAACAAUGACAUUAUAUGAUUAUACAUAAUAGAAUUCACUAAUACUAUGGGAUCAAACUCUCAUAUUCUCAUGUGUUAGAUUACAAAGAAAAUAAGAACAAGUGACCGGGAAAUUAAAUAGUAUAAGCUUAUCCUGAUAUGAAACAAUUGUUAAGACCAAUGUCAGGUUGGAAUGCAAGUCUAAUUUAUAAAAGCAUUCAUCUCUAUAGACACUGAUUUAUAGAGGAAGGACCUCCCAAUGUAGAUGGUCAUACUGAUGGGGGGACCUAUAGACGACGGUUGAAAUUGAUUGGGUGUGGUGGAAGACGGCGUUACUCCUCCUAUUGGGGUAGUGUAGAUUCAAUGAUUCAAAUGAUCAUAGUGAGAGUUUUAGUAGAGCUUAAAGGUUUAACCAUGGGUAGGAAUAUACCUUUUCCGGGGUUGACAACGCUCGAGUUCGGUAACAAUUAUUUUUUUGCCGGAAUCUCGGCUUGAUUAUACUAGGGAUUAGUCUGGUGUAUCGCACGCAUAACUUGGUAAAACUUACUUAGUUGGAUCAUGGAUCCAUUGCAAAACAGUCAAUAUAAAAAAGAAGGAAUUA